AUGGUAGAGUGCACGUCCAACUGGCUCACUGUGUGCCAGCCCAUGACUGCCUCUGCACCAGGGGUUGCCGUGAAAGUGGACAUCAUGGCCGCCGGUCCCCAAGAAGUGGAUGAUCUUCUGGAUGGUCUUGUCUCCUUCUCCUCACAUGGGCUGCAGCAGAUAGACUUAAAGGAGUAUUUCCACAUAAUCAAGGAGCUUGGAAAAGGUGGUUAUGGAAAAGUGUUGUUGGUGAAGGACAUAAAAACAGGUCAAAGAAUGGCAAUGAAGGUCCUGGAUAAAGUUAGGACCAGUCGGCGAUCUUUCCUUCUGGAGUUCAGCAUGGCGUUCUUUCUUUCGUCUCAUCCCAAUAUCAUUGGAUGUAAUGGCACCGCCUUCACGACAAAUGACUACUUUGUAUUUGCCUUAGAACUGGCACCUGCUGGUGAUCUGCUCUCUCUGAUUUUACCAGAGGUGGGAAUUCCAGAAGAUGCAGCAAAGAGGUGUGCGGUGCAGAUCUCCAGUGCUCUCGAAUUCAUAGCAGAGAAAGGACUGGUCCACAUGGAUAUAAAGCCAGAAAAUGUGUUGGUGUUCGACCAAGAGUGUCGCUGUGUCAAGCUCACAGACUUUGGCCUUGCUCGGGCCAAAGGGGCAGUGAUUAGAGCAAAGGCAGGCAGUGUCUCCUACAUGGCUCCAGAAAUGUGUGUAAUGACUCUUUCGGAAGGGCUGGCUGCAGAGGCCACCCUUGAUGUGUGGGCAUUUGGAGUCAUCAUCUACUGCCUACUCACUGGGGAGUUUCCAUGGCAGGUGGCCAUUUCCGAUGAUGAAGGAUAUAAACGUUUUGUUGACUGGCAAACCAAUUCACAAGUUGAUAAUCCUCCUGUGACAUGGAGCAAGAUUCCCACUGGGAUACUAAAGAUGUUUAGUGAUCUUCUGGCCAUUGACCGCAGUAAAAGAAGUCAAACUACAGAAGUCCUGAAGUACAUGAGCGAAAGCUGGAAAGAAGAAACACCAGAUUCAGCCACAAAACAAGAAGAGGAGAAUCUCAUACAAACUGGUUCUGCAGUGCAGCCUGGUGAACCCGUGUGUGAAUCUUCACACCCGGAAACUGAAAGGAAUUCAGACAACUCACAGAGCAAUGCCUCGGUCAUGUCAUCUCUCAGCUCCAUGUCCUGCCUUUUGUCCACGGACACUUCUGAAUCUCAGUGCGAGAUGACUCCACACCCACAGAAGGGCCACGUGCCAGAGACACCGAUCAUGUAUGAUGAUGAAAUGUCUUUCCAUGUUGGUGCAGAGGUAGACAUUGGAUAG